UCACGCUGCUCGACCCCGGAAGCGGAAGCACGCGGCUCGUGUAGUUGGUGGCAGCGGCCGGCAGGCGGAGGGGCAGAUGCGGGACGUGCGGGACGUGCGGGAGCUGAGGUCGCUGGUCCAGCAGCGACUGGCUGCGGCUGCUGAGGAGAUAUUUGGGCUGUUUGAAAGAACGAUAGCAGAGUACGAGGAGGAGAACCGCCGACAGCGCCGCCUGCUGGACGCUGUGCGGCGCACACACACCGCAGACGGUCCUCGGCCGCUGGUGUGGAAAGAAGAAGUUCCCCCUGAGCAGCAGGAGCAGACCCCCAGUCUGGACCAGGAGGAGCCAGAGCCCCCGCCCAUUAAAGAGGAACAGGAGGAGCUGUGGACCAAUCAGGAGGCAGAGCAGCUUCAGGAUCUCACCACGUUCCCUGUGAAGAGUGAGGAUGAUGAGGAGGAAGCUCCGCCCUCACAGCCUCAUCAGAGCAGCCAGCUCCUCUCCUCACACUCCUCUGAACCUGAGACUGAAGACAGCGAUGAGGACUGGAGGGAGACCCGAGAACCUCAGGCGGGUUCCGAAUCGCAGAACGAGCUCCCAGAGAACCGAACGAACACCGAGGAGAGCCCCGUGGGCCGCCCUGCGCCAAACUGCGCCAAGGAGAAGGUGUGGGUUUGCGCCGUGUGCGGUAAAGGCCUGAAGCGGAAAGGAGACUUCAACAGACACAUGAUGAGGCACCGGGGGGAGAAACCGUUCGGCUGCUCCGUCUGCGGCAAGGCGUUUGUGGUCAGGGCGAACAUGCUGGACCACAUGAGGGUCCACACGGGCCAGAGGCCGUACCGCUGCUCGGUGUGCGGCAGGGGCUUCAGCCUCAACGGGAAUCUGCAGAAACACAUGCGGACUCACAGCAACGAGAGGCUGUUCGGCUGCAGAGUGUGCGGACGGACGUUCAAGCACAAGAAGACGGCGGUGAAACACAUGAAGCUCCUGUCGCACACGGGAGAGGAGCUCUACCUGCCGCCCGCCGCUCAGAGCUGCCCUGCUCAUCAGCACGAGGGCAGCAGACCGGAGGAGCCUCACGAGCCCGUCUGUCUCACUCCAACCCGCCCAGGUAACGGAGAGAGACGGAGCCACAGAGCUUCACUCUGCGAGUCUGAACCCGACGCAGGUCCUCUGCUCUCGUUCCAGUCGUCCUCGCUGGUUUCAGUCUCGGGCUCUUCCUCACUUUCAGGCUCACUGCUUGGCUCUAAAUCAGCAGCUGGAUCUGAGCUCCUGGCUGGUUCCUCUCCAUCAGCUUCUGUCUCCAUCUGCUCAGAGGAGCUGCUGGCUGGAGCCGAGCUGCACAGCGCCCCCUCGUGGCUCCAGCCGAGCUGCACAGCGCCCCCUCGUGGCUCCAGCCGAGCUGCACAGCGCCCCCUCGUGGCUCCUGCAGCGCCUUCAGUCCUGUUCCAGCUGCUGAGGAAACGCGUCCGCAGCCAAAACAACAUCCAAGUCAAACCGAAAAUGUCCUCCACCGCCGCGCUCAGCCGCUGGCUGACGAAAGCUCUCAGGACCUGGAUGGUGGACAUUUUGACCAGAGAAGAGCGAGCAGCGACAGGAACUCUGCACAAACCUCCACCGUCUCUCUUCUUCUCUCCUCUCUUCCUCUUCCGCCGCUCCUCCUGCCCGGGGAGGCAUCUGACCAGCGUGAGACGAGGACAGAGACAGAAACUUCCUGACAACCCAGAGAGGUUUAACUUCCGCUGUGCUGUCCUGGGAUUUGAGAUCUUCAUCUCACGGACUCACAGCUGGGACGUGGAGGUGGGAGACAGUCCAUACUGGGCGCUGGGCGUGAUAGAAGAGCCUGUCCAGAGGAAGCGAGACAUUUGGUCGGGUUUAUGGGGUAUAGUGUUUGAUGAUCAUAAAUACUUUGCAUUCACUUUACCACAUCAAGUCUCUGCUCUCUCAGUGGAGAAGCUCCAGAGGACGUGUGUGUGCGGGUUAAAGUGUGUGUAUGUGUGUGUGAGUGUGUGUGUGUGUGAGCGGAGGAAGAUGCUGCCGCUGCAGCUGCUGAGGGUGUCGGUCCAUGAGCGGAUCAGCGCCGCUGCUGCAGACUUUCUGCUGCUGCUGGAAAAAGGCAGAGAAGCGGCUGAGAUCCCGGAGCUGAGAGCGCUGCUCACCGAGCGGCUGACGGCGGCCGCGGAGGAGAUUGUCGGCCUGUUGGAGAAAACCGUGGCGGAGUACGAAGACAAAGCUGAGCGGGCAGAGCAAGAGAUGUGCCGCCAGAGGAAGCUGCUCAACAUCCUGCUGAAGCCCCAAGUCAGGCUGCACAGAGCAGUUUUCCCUCCAGACGUCCAGCAGCUGUCCGUCAAGACAGAGGAGAGCAGCCUGGACCAGGAGGAGCCAGAGCCCCCACACAUUAAAGAGGAAGAGGAGGAGCUCUGGACCAAUCAGGAGCAGCUUCAGGAUCUCACCACGUUCCCUGUGAAGAGUGAGGAUGAUGAGGAGGAAGCUCAGCCCUCAGCCAGGAACUCAGAUCCAGCUGCUGAUUUCCAACCAGCUGCUGAAGGCGAGACGUCAGACUCCUCUGAAGCAGAGACUGAAGACAGUGAGGACGACUGGAAGGAGAGCAGAGAAGCUCCGGCGGGUUCAGACUCACAGGAUAAAGUCCAAAGUGAUAACAGAUGUAAUACUGAGGAGAAACCGUUCAGCUGCUCAGUGUGCGGUAAAGCCUUUCAGAAGAAGCCCAACAUGCAGAAACACAUGAGGCUCCACAGCGCAGAGAAACCGUACAGCUGCAGCGCUCGUGCUAAAACACUGUCUCAGUUGUCCAAUAUGUACACACACUCCAGACUUAACACGGGAAAGAAACCCUUCAGCUGCACUGUUUGUGGGAGGAGGUUUUACCGAUGGGACCAGGUCAGGAGACAUCAGUGCGCCGGAGAGGAGGAACCGCACCGCUGCAGCUUCUGUGGGAAGAGAUUCAGGCGCAACGCUGACCUGAUCAGACACGUGAGAAUCCACACGGGGGAGAAACCUUUCAGCUGCUCGGGCUGCAGUAAAAGUUUUAACCAGCGGGGGACGCUGGUCAAACACAUGAGGAUGCACAGCGGAGAGAAACCGCACAGCUGCAGCUUCUGUGACAAAAAAUUCAGCAGCAGCACAGACGUGAUCAAACAUGUGAGGACCCACACGGGCGAGAGAGAAUUCAGCUGCUCGGUUUGUGGCAAAUGUUUUCACGACAAAGGGAACCUGAAGAGACACGCGAGGAUCCACACCGGGGAGAAACCAUACAGCUGCUCCGAGUGCAGCAAGCGCUUCAACCAACACGAGAAACUGGUGGGCCACAUGAGGACGCACACGGGGGAGAAGCCGUACAGCUGCAGUGCCUGCGGAAAGAAGUUCAGUCAGUUUUUCAACAUGAAGAGACACAUGAGAGUGCACGCCGGAGAGGAGGCGCUCAGCUGCAGCUCGUGUGGGAGAGCGUUCUGCCAGCCGGCGCUCCUCCAAGCCCACACGUGUGUCGGGGAGGUGGCAGAGCUGGUGGUGGAGCUGGACGGCUGAGCAGCAGCAGGACAAGAAAGGAAAGACCCUUCAGGAUCAUCAAGAAGGAAACUCCUCACUGAGGCUGCAGGUGGAGAUCAGGGAUCGACUCAAGCUGCUACUGAUCAUCAGAGAUCCAACACACCACCAGCCGCCAUUUGGAGCGGAUAUUCAUGUGUCGAGAACUUGAAAAUUGUCAGAAACUUAUAGUUAUAAAUUAUAAAUGCCAAGAUGAACCUUGCUUUGAAUUAACAAAUGUUAAAUUAACAUCAUGUUUUUAAAAAAUGCAAAAAACAAAAAUACUGCCAGAAAAUUUGAAAAAAACAAAAGAUAAAGUGAAUUAGCCAAAUUCUCUCUUUCUCUCUCAUUCUCACUCACACACACACACACACACACACACACACACACACACACACCUCCAAAGCUUUUAAAUCUAGUCAAACUGAAAGUAAAGCUGUGAGUUUGUGUCAUUCAGGACAACACGCUGCAACUUCCUGUUUUUUUUUUUUUGUAAAACUAAAUGAAAUUCAAAUCAACUCAAAAGGGAAAUAAAAUUGUAACCAGAUGAUG